GCCGGGCCGCCGCCGCCGCGCUCCAAGCCCCCCGACCUCAAGAAAAUCCAGCAGCUCUCCGAGGGCUCCAUGUUCGGCCACGGCCUGAAGCACCUUUUCCACAGCCGGCGGCGCUCGCGCGAGCGGGAGCACCAGAACUCGCAGGACUCGCUGCCGCCGCCGCCCGGCGCCUCCGACCACGACUCCCCCGACGAGAAGGAGCGCUCGCCGGAGAUGCACCGCGUCUCCUACGCCGUGUCGCUGCACGACCUGCCCGCGCGCCCCACCGCCUUCAACCGCGUGCUGCAGCAGAUCCGCGCGCGGCCCUCCAUCAAGCGCGGCGCCAGCCUGCACGGCGCCGGCGCCGGCGGCCGCCGCGCCAAGAGCGGCUCGCUGGAGCCGCAGCGGGGCAGCCCGCACCUGGGCCGCCGCGCGCCGCAGGACAGCGGCCUCACCGCCAUCCUGCACCAGCACCAGGGCCGGCCGCGCUCCUCGUCCACCACCGACACCGCCAUCCUGCUCGCCGAGAGCGGGGCCGUCUACCUGCUCGCCGAGGACACCGAGGGGCUCGCCGAGAAGCUGGACAAGGGGGACGUGACGGCCCUGAGCCUCCCUUCCAACGUGGGCCACGGCGACGCUGACGGCAACAUCUGCCUGGACAUCCCCGAGGGCACCCCGGACCCGCAGCGCACCAAGGCGGCCAUCGAGCACCUGCACCAGAAGAUCCUCAAGAUCACGGAGCAGAUCAAAAUCGAGCAGGAGGCGCGGGACGACAACGUGGCCGAGUACCUGAAGCUGGCCAACAACGCGGACAAGCAGCAGGCCUCCCGCAUCAAGCAGGUCUUCGAGAAGAAGAACCAGAAGUCGGCGCAGACCAUCGCGCAGCUGCACAAGAAGCUCGAGCACUACCACAAGAAGCUGAAGGAGAUUGAGCAGAACGGGCCCUCCCGGCAGCCCAAGGAUGUUUUCCGGGACAUGCACCAAGGCCUCAAGGACGUGGGUGCCAACGUGCGCUCCAGCAUCAGCGGCUUCGGCGGCGGCGUCGUGGAGGGCGUCAAGGGGGGGCUCUCGGGCUUGUCGCAGGCCACGCACACCGCCGUGGUGUCCAAGCCCCGCGAGUUCGCCAGCCUCAUCCGCAACAAGUUCGGCAGCGCCGACAACAUCGCGCACUUGAAGGACACGCUGGACGACGGGCACCCCGAGGAGGCGGCGCGGGCGCUGAGCGGCAGUGCCACCUUGGUCUCCAGCCCCAAGUACGGCAGCGACGACGAGUGCUCCAGCGCCACGUCGGGCUCGGCCGGCGGCAGCAACUCCGGCGCCGGGCCCGGCGGCUUGGGCAGCCCCAAGUCCAACACGCUGGACAGUCACCACAACAGCUUCGACACCAUCCUGGAGGAGCUGCGGGAGAUCAAGGAGAGCCAGUCGCACCUGGAGGACUCCAUGGAGGACCUCAAGGCGCAGCUGCAGCGGGACUACACCUACAUGACGCAGUGUCUGCAGGAGGAGCGCUACAGGUACGAGCGCCUGGAGGAGCAGCUGAACGACCUCACGGAGCUGCACCAGAACGAGAUGACCAACCUGAAGCAGGAGCUGGCCAGCAUGGAGGAGAAGGUGGCCUACCAGUCCUACGAGAGGGCGCGGGACAUCCAGGAGGCCGUGGAGUCCUGCCUGACGCGGGUCACCAAGCUGGAGCUGCAGCAGCAGCAGCAGCAGGUGGUGCAGCUGGAAGGGGUGGAGAACGCCAACGCGCGGGCCCUCCUGGGCAAGUUCAUCAACGUCAUCCUGGCCCUCAUGGCCGUGCUGCUCGUCUUCGUCUCCACCAUCGCCAACUUCAUCACGCCGCUCAUGAAGACCCGCAUGCGCAUCCUCAGCACCGCCCUGCUCGUCCUCUUCCUCCUCUUCCUCUGGAAGCACUGGGACUCCAUCACCUACUUGCUGGAGCACGUGCUGCUUCCCAGCUGAUCCCCGGCCCGGCCGCUGCGCCCGAGGGCUUCCCGGUUCCUGCCGAGGGGAGCCGGGAUGGGGCCGGCGGCCGGAGCCUCCGUUUGCCGCCUCCACGCUCUUGGUUGAGUUGCUUUUCCUUUGCCCUCUGUCGCGUUGGUGGAGAUGGAGCGGUGCCCUGUCAGUCCUCGGGAAGGCCGGGGAGGGCAGCAUGCGGGAAUUUGGGAUGCAAACGCUAAAUUACGUGUCACUGCGUUGGGCUUCCAAACGGCGCCAGACCGUGGGCGGGAAGUGGCAGGAAAAGGGCGCGUGGGCAUCCCCGGGUGGGGAAGACGGAGCCAGCGAAGGAGCCCCGCGUGCAGGAGUGAACGGAGGGCCCCGCUCCCGAGGGCGGCAGGCGCCUCCUGCGGCGCUUCCCGCCCCGCUUCCCGCUUCCUUCCCGGGCCGCCGGCCCUGUGUGUGUGCGCGUGCGGUUGGCGUUUCCCGCGAGACUCGCGUCCCCCUUGGUGAGGGGACGCCCCCCAGCCCCACGCACCAGCACGGCUUGUUGUCUUGACUGUUUCUUAAAUUAUUUCAGACGUAUAUAUU